GCCAAUCGUUCAAACCUCUCACAUCAGCCGUCAUUAUGAAGUCGAUCGUGUUGUGUUUCUUUUUGGGAGUUAUUGGACUCAUCAGCGUAGCUCAAGCCGCUGAGGAUUAUUGCUCGAAAACCCUCUGCGGUGCCGGUGAAAAACAUAUUGCAUGCGAACAUCCAGGCACUUUCGGAAAAAACUGUCCCGAAGAAAGAAAACUUAUCACAAUAGAUGAACCCAUGAAAAAGUUAAUCGUUGACCUUCACAAUGAAUUACGUGAUAAAACAGCUAGUGGAGAGUUAGAAGGCUAUAAGCCAGCAAAAAGGAUGGCAUCCAUGACCUGGGACAAUGAAUUAGCCUAUCUAGCUGGUUUACAGGCAAUGGGUUGUGAAAUGGAGCACGACGAAUGCCACGCUACAAAAACAUAUAAAUUAUCUGGACAGAAUCUAGGCCAAUCAUGGUAUAUGGGAGAGCCGAAGCCAACAAUUGCUGAUACUUUCACUGAUCUGAUUAAGUCUUGGCAUUCGGAACAUGAGUUUGCAAACAUGGAUAUUAUUCGCAACUAUCCAAGUAAUUGGGAUGAGCCGGACGAUAUAGGACAUUUCACAGUACUGGUUAAUGAUUUUAAUACUAAAGUUGGAUGUGGGUCCGUAUGGAUGAUCGAUGAGGACAAAUAUGAUUCAGUUUUGCUGACGUGUAAUUACGCGGUUACUAACCUCGUUAAUAAUCCUGUUUAUGAAGAAGGACCACCUGCAUCUGGAUGCAAGACUGGAAAACAUCCAGAUUAUAAGAACUUGUGCUCUUCUAAGGAAGUAUUUUAGGUGAAUUCUUGUGACGAACAUAAAUGAUUGUAUUAAAGGAUUAAAUUGAAAUGGAAAAUA